ACAAUUUGUCCAUGAUUUACUUUAUUCAAGAUUCCUCUGGCUCUUUUAUCUGCUUUUGUGUUGUGGUGGUGGUGGUGUGUGGUUGGGGGGUGUCAGACCAGAGGCCAUAUUGAAAAAUGGAAAUUCAGGGACACCAGGUGUCACUACUUUACUUACCUUUUUACAACUUUAUUUUGCGGAUCUAGCUACUGAGAUGCAAGGAUUCACUAAACGGAUGAUUAUUCUACAAGCUAAUCAUGACCAUGACUAAUGCGAUGCUAUCACCAUUUUAACAUGAUACUGUAACCCCGAUUGGAAUUGUGUUCUGACGUUAUACGCAAAAAAUUCAAAAGGCGAGGAGGCAGCAUAAUUCAAAGUACUGCUUCAUUAAAAUGGCAAUAUCAUCGCAAGUCAUGAUUAACUGGUUACUGAAUCCUAGCUCUCAUCUUGGAAGCUUAGAUCUGCAAAAUAAAGGUGUAAAACGUAGGCAAAGCAGCAACACCAGCUGGUGUCACUGUAGUCCCUCUUUUCAAUAUGGCUUCUGCUCCGACUUGGUAGUGACUUUUCCUUCGCCAAGCACUUGUCAUUUAAAGUGAAGUCAUUGGGUAUUUGGGAUAUGUCCUUAAAAAGGAUUUGGUCUCUUAAAACAGUAUUAGAUGUUGGCAUGAUCAAAAAUACCUCACUGCUAUGGCCUUGCGCAUCAUGCUUAGGUAAAAAUUUGUGACACUUAUGAAAAUGUAACAAUAUUCAGUGAGUGUUAGGUGAAUCUUAAUUAGUCCCAUUUAGAACUGACCCUGUUUGAGGUGAGCUAUAUAGGCUAUGUUCGAUUGUUUUUUUUGAUGAAGUGAAUUCCCAAUUUCCCAAAAGUGCUAACUUAGUAGUAAUUUAAUCAUUAUCAGAUAUCAAGUUCAUGAUCCAAAAUUGUCCUGCCCCAUUUGCCCCACAAGGGUAUCAUUUGUGAAAGAACAGAUGAAAGAAUUCCGUGUGUCUGAGGAUGAAACUUUCACACCUUAUCAUUGUCCAUUGAAGAUAAGAUUUGUUCUAAGAGGCUACCCGAAGUGACAUUUCACAAUUUCAGUUCUAUACAGAUGAGCAGAAGAAGAUCGCAUGGGGUCCACCCAUCAUUCAUUUGUGUGUGUCAUCUCCAGGGGGGCAGAACUAAGUACUUCAUAUUCAGAGACUUUUCUAAGUGCGAACUUUUGUAGAAUUGUUGAAUCAUUGUUUGUUUUACACAAAAGUCUAUUAGCCCUUAAAUGGGUUCAGAUUACAGAGGAAGCAAAUCUGCGUGGCAGAUUUGGAAGUUUGACCGCAGUUGUCAGUUCUUCAUUUAAAGUACUCUCAGUGCUAAUGUUGGAGCACUGAGAACUGCAUGGGUAUCAGCCGAAAAGAAAACCGUUGAACCUGAAGUAAUGAGAGAUCGAAUUUGCUUCUUAUUGACUCGGGACCUAUUAAAAAAAUAAUGAUAAUAUUGAUAACAGUGUUCUACAGUCUGGCAAAGGCAACACAUCUUUGUUCAAAACCAGCUUGAUCCCACCCCUAAUUAUUUGUUAGACAGUAUCAAUGAAUAAAUUCAUUAAACAUAUAUGAAUGGAUUCUGUUUGUUUCCGUAUAGAGUCUACCCACAUACUUUAAAAUGCUUAUCCAUCUGGUGCAGAUAUAUAUAUAUAUAUAUACAAUUUAAAGGAAAGAGAUAAGAAUUUAAACAAAAAAAAUUAUGGGCUGGUCCAUUCAUAGAGUAUUCCCAGUAGCUCUUUUGACCAAUUGUGAGCCUCGGCUAAAGCAAUGCACACUGGGGCUGUUUUUCUCUCAAUCUGUCAAGUGUCAUAGCUUAGCAACUGACAUGAUAUAUAGCCCAAGCCGUCAAGUUGGGGUCAGGGUCAACAUUCUACCUCCCCUUUAGUUGUAGACACCGAGCAAUCAAAAUACUCUAGACUUCUUCAUUCAUUCCAUACCUUGCCUAGCCACGUGCGUAUAUUUAUUUUUGAACUUCACUGUAAAAGAAAAGAAAAAAAGAAACAAUAGAUCUUUGAAAACAGACACUUAAUAAUAUUCUAUCCCACACUUCUGGAUAAGAAGAGAGAGAGAGAGAUGUGUAUCGGUAGCUGUCAAGCUCCACCACUGGUUAUUUGAUGUAGAGUUAAUUGAAUUAUGACAUGAUCUGUUGUUAAAGACCUGAUACUAGUGGGUAAACUGAUCAACACCGGGAGGAUAUAGACAGAAUUCAGGACAGAGAGCACAUGGCAGCAUUGUCAUAAAAGGAGGACUGACAAGUGGUGAACAUUUUCUGUGUAUAAGAUUCAAGCAUUUGUGAGACUUGGAUUUUGUGUGUAUUUUUUUCUCUUUGAAUCGGAUUUGCUUGUGUUGUAACACUGGGUCAUCCGGGGACAGAAUGUGGAGUGAUGUGGGAGAGCCCACACCCUAUAACCUCGCCCUCCCAAUCUCCUCCAGCCAGACCCCCUGCCACUUCAGUUUCUGCCUCCUCCUCCUCCUCCUCUUCAGGGGGGACCACUGUUCAUAGACC